UUUUUUUUUAACUCUCUUUAUUAUUAUUAUUAUUAUUAUUUAUUCAUAUAUUUCUUUUUAUUGUGUAUACUAUUCUUUUUCUUCUUUAGAUCCAUAUACUCUUCUUUUACUAUUUACUUACUCUUUUUGAUCAUCAUCCAAUUUAUAUAUAUAUAUACGAAAGAGUAGUAUCACCCAAUCCAACCAACUAUUAACUACUACUUUGUGAUCAAUGUAUGAAGGCAAAAAGGACAAAACCAAAGAUUAUCAUCUUCAACUUCAUAUGGCAGCAACCAAUGGGAACGUCGGUCUGGUCAAGUUUGCUUUAGACCAUGGUGCUCCUAUUGAUUCUGUAGUGAAUGGAUUCUUACCUUUACAACUUGCCUGUAUAAGUGAUAACAAUAUUGCUGUAGUUCAAUACUUGAUUGACAGAGGGGCUCAAGUCAAUGCUCAAAGAUGGUCUAAGAAACAUAGUGCUGAUAAGUCACAAGCAGUAGCUGGUGCAAUAGGUUCGACUGCUUUACAUGUAGCUUGUGCUAAUGGAUGUAGCAAGAUUGUAGAUUUACUAUUACGAAAUGAUGCUCGAGUGGAUUUGAAAGACAAAUAUGGAUCAAGACCUAUGGAUAUUGCCGCUGCAAAACAUCACAUGGAAAUUGUCAAACUCUUGGAAACUUUUGGUGCUUUACAACAACGCGAGUCAACUUACCAAGGACGUCAUUCUAUGGAUGUCAUUUACUCUUCUUCUUCGUCUUCUUCAAAAAAAUCUCACCAACUUGAUCCCAAUAACUCAGCCUCAUCUUCAUCCUCUUUGGACGAUCGAGCAGAACGUAUGCGAAGACCCAGCUUACCCUCAGUGUUUGAAGGUAAAUCACACAUCAGCAAAAGAAAGAUAUCUUCUCCAGCUUUAGAUAUACCUCCUCUAUCAACUUUACCUCCAGUUCCAAACAAUCGCCUGGAUCAACAUACUCCAACAAUGGACAUUAUUGGACAAAAACCCUCACAUCCAAAAGUUCCCGAACUUUCAUCUUCCAAAUCAUCAGAUGGCACCACCAUCGUUAGUACUCCACCAUCCUCUCUCUCUCAAAACAGCAAUCAUGUCUUGUCAAAUGGAAAACCUGAUUGGUAUAGUUAUGGCGUUUUACAUCAUGAUGGCAAUGAAAAUUAUUUAUCUUCCUUGGAAAGACGAGCUUAUGGAUUGGAUGAUCUUCCUACACGACAAUCUCUUGAUCAAGUACGACCAUCUCGAUUAUCUCUAGAUACGUGGACAGAUUCUCACGCUUCAUCUGUACCUACCCAUCAUGCACUCUCAACAUCAAACAAUGCAAGACCUUCUUUGAAACGCUGCAGUUCGGAUGGUGGACACUUACGUACAACAGCAUUGAUGAAUGCAAUGGCAGCAAAGAAAACGUCACCUAUGAUGGAUCCCAUACCACCUCUUCCACAUCUGAAUGAACCAGUCGAAUCACGACCUUCCACUGACGAGCUCUAUGAAACCGAUGCAUUACGACAAUUUGAAGAAAAGGAAAUGAAGAAAGCUUGGUGGAGUGCUUUUGGAGGACGCAAAUCGAUGGAUGUAGCCACUUAUCAACGACAUCAUAUGGAUACCACUUCAUCCUAUCGUCCUUCUUUGGAUUUCCGUCCAAGUUUUGAUGGUCGACAACAACAAUGGCAACAUACAACAAAUGCUACUGGAGAAGAUGUGGAUAUGAACUUUGAUGAGGAUGAAUAUGAUGAUGACGAACAACAUCAACAUCGACAACGCAAACCUGGCUUUUUUACAAGAUGGGUUGGUUCCUGGAACAAGAAAUGAUGUCACUUUAUUGUAUUCCCCCCCCCCUUAUCCUUUUUUUUUUUUUUUUAAAUAUAUCUGUUGAUCAGACCACUCUUUGUUUUUCCCCUAUACAUACCCUCUUCUUAUCGAUCACCCCCCUCCGAUGUUAUCCAUGUUUUGCCAAAAUAAACAAUCAAGAUUUAUUCCAAUUUUCUUUUCACAAGUUUCUACUACAGUAAUAUGAUUUGCUACACUUUAUUUAUUUACGUGGGUAAGUCGUAAAAGACGUGAUGUCCAAAAUAGGAAAAAGGUCAACCGGCUACAGGGUUAUAUUGGCUACACUUUAUUCAAUAAGAAAUGACGGAAUUCAAAAAUAAGGUGUCGCAAAAAUAGGAAUAUUGUAAGGAUAGAAGAAAAA